UACUCUUAAUGGCGUCAGAUCAGAAAACCUUCGUGUUUGAUGAAGUCGCUAAGCACAAUAAAGCCGAUGAUUGCUGGCUUAUCAUCUCCGGGAAGGUUUAUGAUGUAACCUUGUUUAUGGAUAAUCAUCCUGGAGGUGGUGAAGUUUGGCUAAGAGCAACCGGCAAAGACGCAACAGUUGAUUUUAGUGAUGUCGAUCAUAGUGAUAUAGCUAAAGGAAAGAUGGAAAAGUAUUACAUUGGCGAGAUUGACCAGUCAACUAUUCCUGUGAAACAUUCCAAUUCGAAACACACUUUGAUUAUCAAGGUAUUACUUGUUGGAAUUAUGGUUGGUGCAUUGGGAAUACUAUUUGCAGUCCUCUAAGGAAACGGUUAUUAAUGGAAUACUUGUGCAUUUUAUGUAUUCACUAAAUCAAGUAACAUUUU